CAAUUAAGGAUGUUAUAUAUGUUAGUUGAAAGCCAAGUAACUUCCUGCAAGAACUGAAAUCUGUCUAAUAAUUCAAAGAACAUGUUAAAAACACUCAGACUUACUACAUUGAGAAGGGAAUAUGUUUAGUACCUACUACUGAACGCAUUAGGAAGAUUUGUGAGUUACGGGCCUGGAUAAAUAAUGUUAAGUCCAACGGCAAUCGAAGGAUUGAAGAGAUUCCUGCAACACGCCGAAACAUUGCAUCCCAAUAACAAUCCCCGAAGAGAAAAUGGCUUUGCUAAAGAAUUUCAGGAAAUAAAGGAUUUAACUUCUAGACUUAAGAAGGAUCCAAGCUUUUCAACCAAGCAUGGAGAAAAAGAAACUAAUCGUACAAAAAACAGAUACAAAGACAUUUUACCUUAUGAUUAUACUCGGAUCAUUUUGCCAGAAAACAAUGGAAUUGAAGGAUCUGAUUAUAUCAAUGGAAAUUAUAUUAAGGGCCCAACAAAUGAAGUUGUUUAUCUAACAGCACAGGGACCAUUACCUAACACUGUAGAUGACUUUUGGAGGAUGAUCAUUUCACAUAAAAUACAGAUUUCACAAGAAGAAAUGGGAGAUGGAUUUGUAAUACGAACAUUGUCUGCCAAGUCAUCAAAGGAAGACUUAAAAGUCACCCAGUUCCAUUACACGGCUUGGCCAGACCACGAUGUUCCACGUUCUGCCACACCACUCAUUGAACUUACUAUGUCAUUUAGAGCUUUUGUUGGCAGUGAUAAUAAAGUUCCAGUACUUGUCCACUGCAGUGCUGGUUGUGGAAGAACAGGCACAAUUUGUGCUCUGGAUUAUGCAAGGGCACUCAUACAGUUGGGGAGGACAGAUAAUUUUAGUGUGUUCAACAUUGUAUCAAGUCUUCGGAAACAGAGAAUUGCAAUGGUUCAGACCAAGGAGCAAUACGAACUAGUGUAUAAAGCGGUGAAAGAACUUGUUAACGACGAAUUGAAGAAACAAAGGGUCAGCGGUCCCACGUCGUACUAUGUAAAUGUGGAAAUCGGCAAAGAAGCCAAAGAAGAUAAUACCUACGAGAACGUAGAUUUUAUUCGCAGCAUACAAAGGUUGCAUCAGGAAGAAAAAAAUGCUUCAAGAAAACCAGUCAGAGAACCGCCACCCUCGGCAAAUAUGGCUGUUAUUCCAGCACCUAAAAAGGACGUGGUUCUUUCCGACAAGUCAAACUUGUUGGUAUCAAAAAAGGACAAUAACGAGACCAGUGAAGGGAAAGAAAAAACACAACAGUUAUCUAAAAGACCAAGCAAAGAAAACUUGGUUCAGUCGUCUACUCAAUCAAGUAAACCGCUUCCAAACCAAAAAACAACUUCAAGUUAUGAAAAUGUUUUACCUCUGUCAGUUUCAUCGAAGCCCCCUCUAGCUCCCAGACCUGCCCAGAAUUACGUUAACGUGGUUAUUGGGUCGUCCAGUGAAAAAGAUGACGAUUAUGUUAAUAUCCCAGUUCCAAACGCGAAGAAUAAACCUGCAUCCAAACCAGCCGGAGCAAACUCGACUAUAUUAGAUGGCAAUCAAGCACAAACUGUGCCCUUUUCUAUGAAACCUGAUAUAGCUAAAAAGCAAACAUCUAAAAAUGGCGCAGAUUACGAAAUUCCACCUUCGAGUCAAGAAAUUCCAAGAAAAGCCACUACAGAACCAGACUACGUCAUAUCUCCUAUUUUUACGAAACCUGAUGCUACGGCGCCUCGUCCACAAGUGAAGGAAGGACAAUUGAUCGACUUGGAGGAACCUGGAUUGCAGUCUUCAAAAGGCUAUCCAGCAUACAAAUCAAAGCUUGUAAAGCAAAACUCCUUCGAUAAAGCACCCAUCCCAAACGAGUUGUCACCUGACCUGCAUGCGAGUAGUACUAUUAAACCAACUAAAACUAACAGACCAAGUGGACAACACAGCUUAAUUGAGGCUUUAGAUAGCCCAGGAUCGGCGGAUAAAGUUAUCAAUAAUCCCUUUUGUGAAGUGUCCAAAGAACCGCAGGUCAAAGCACGCCAUUCUACGGGAGUAGAAGCAGUAGUGUCGGAUGGAUUGCUUGGAAAACCAGAGAAACCAACAGUCAAUCCUCGACGUCUGAGCGAAGGAUCAAAUGUUACUAGCAAAAAGAACACUCAAGAUGGAUUCUUUGGAACUUAUAGCGUAGUUGAGGAGAAAGCAGUUGCCAAAGAACAGGAAAACAUCUUAAAACCCCAACCAUUAGCGCGGCCUGCUCUUGUAAAACCUUACUCAGAAUCCACGCAUCAAAGGUAUCACGAUAAAUGUACUUCAGACAGCUCGGGACCUAUUCAAAAGGCAAAUAGCACAGAAAAUGUUAACACUCGAAUUAGCAACGAACAAUCGAGUGUAAAUUCUGAUUCAUCUGACUACGCGUUGGUCAGUUCUCCUUAUCUUUCAAAGAAAUCUGGCUCUUCCAUGUCUUCCUUGUACACCAUCGCUGAUAAUAAACCCGUGACGACCAAGCCGCCUGCGGCGCUUAGGCGGAGUAACAGUGGAGUGUUGACAAGUGGCAGCAAUUCUACAAGUAAUGUAGAGGGACUUUAUGCAACAGUUUGUGCACGAACCAAGAAAAGAACACCUUUGUCAACUGACACGUGGACUUCCAACGGUGAUCUUCACUCUCAAGAAAGAAAUCUGACACGUUCACAAAACUCUACGAGUAGUCUAAGGAGUUUAACCUCGACAUCCAGUAAUGAUUCCUCAGAAGACAUUCCUCCAGUGCCAGUGAAAACGAUGGAUGCGUUCAUGUCGCCCGGUGACGAAGAUGAUGCGUACGAGGCAGUUCAAAGAUCUUCAGUGAAGUCGAGUACAAUGGAUCGUUUCAAAAAUAAAGCCAGGAAUAUAUUAAAUUCUGGAUCACAAGUCCCAAAGAUUUCUAUCGGCAAAAGGAAUGCGUCUCCCUUGAAUACUCCUCGCUCUGCUUCUCCAGAUUUGGGAGAAAGAGGCGCUUCAUAUGCGACUUGUCAAUUAGGUUAUGGAAACCGAGUAACCAAGCCAUCUGGUCCACGGAGUUGUCCUGAGCACUGGCCAAAAUUCUGAUAAAUAACAACUAGUGAAAAACUAAUGCACUUCAAUUGAACAAUAAGAUAAAAUGGUUAAAAAACUAAUCACUAAAAAAUUGUUAAUACUUGAUGAAAUGCGAAGAUAUGUUCAUUUUAUUUUUGAUACAAAACAGUCAAAAUUUAAAAGGAAUUGAACUUGGCAAAAUAUCAUAUAUAAAUAAAGAUGUAUAGGCUGCAGUAAGGUAGAGGAUUCAGAUCUUAAUUAUUCACGUAUCGUAAUGUCUUGGUGCAGACUCAAAAGUGCUAAUGACUUUAAUUUCAAAUUGAAAUAUUUUAGUAAAAACAAAAUAUUUUCGUGCUGAACAAAAAUAGCUUUUCGUUAGAGGUAAAAAUAUUUUGCCUUAUCGUACGAAGUGAAACUGAAAAUUAAUUUUAAAUAUUCAUGGCUUAGUAUUGAACAAAAAUCAUUUAGUCAUUUCUAUCAGUAAUGAUUUGAAGGCAGUAAGCCAGUCAAAUAUUAGAGAAAUAAAGUCUAAAACAUUCUUAACGAACAUCACAGUCGUAACGAAUAUGACUUCUUUACUAGUGUUCAUUUUUAAUUAAAACACACUUGUAUUAUAUUUGAAAAAUAAAUGAGUCAAAUAUUUA